CCUCCUCCAUUGAGUGUGCCAAACAGCAGCUCUGCAUCCUAAAGAAGAUCAUUGAGGGGCUCAUUGCAUUCCCAGCACGUUUCAGGCUUGCUUCUUUUUUUUUUUUUCCUGCCUUUUUUUUUUUUUUCCUUUUGCCUCAGCUUCAGCAGGAGUAGAGAGAGAGGGAGAGAGAGCCACAGAGAGGGAGAGGCAGAGAGAAACCAGCAAUCUUUAAACUCGAGCUUUUUUUUCCCCCCCUUUCCCUCUUUUGCUUUUUUUCUAUUGUAACGAUGUGCUAAAAUCUCUCCUGCAAACCGCCCUUGCAGAAGAGAAAGAACUUAAUAUUUUGCAAAGGAGACAGAGAGACUGAUACUGCAAUAUAGCUCUCAUCUCUCUCCCUUCUCCCCAAUUAGAUGCUGGUUUUAAUUGCAGAGGGUAUUUCUCUUUUCGUGCUUUCAACCGUCUCCUCUUUCCCACAGGGGAGGGUUUCAUUUGCAAGUUGAUCCUAAGGAUUUCUGUUCCUCUGGCAUUUCUCUCCCCUAAAUGCAUCUUUCUGCUCUUAAGUUUGUGGAUGGGGGGCAAAUUUUUCUAGUUCUUGCACGAGGAAGGCAAAAAGGACCUUUUCUAUUGAGAGAUUAAGACUAAAAGCAACGAUCGCUCGGAAUGAUUCUAAUGGGCAUUUCAGGGAUUCAAGGAAGGCUGCAUCACCACCGUUAUUAUUACCAUCCUUAGCGUUCCUCUGUGCCCAUACAUUUAAAAUAUCUGGUGAAAGGAAGGGUGAAACCAUAUGUUGAAGGAGCUGCAUCUCAUUAGUGCAGCAUUAUUUUCAUCCGAUUGGAGAAGAAUGGUGUCUUCAUUCGGGAACGUAUAUAGUAGGAUAGCAAAUUUAUCGGCUGUUUUGUAAACACCAACAAAUGAUGAAACCUUCCAUGGCAGAGACACUUCAUAAAGGAAGGAUGUUGUGGAUAAUUCUUCUAAGCACAAUUGCUCUAGCAUGGACUACACCUAUCCCCUUGAUAGAGGACUCGGAGGAACUGGAUGAGCCCUGCUUUGAUCCAUGUUACUGUGAAGUGAAGGAGAGCCUUUUCCAUAUACAUUGUGACAACAAAGGAUUUAUAAAUAUUAGUCAGAUAACAGAGUCGUGGUCGAGACCUUUUAAACUUUAUCUGCAGAGGAAUUCCAUGAGGAAAUUGUACACCAACAGUUUUCUUCACUUGAACAAUGCUGUGUCUAUUAACCUUGGGAACAAUGCACUGCAGGACAUUCAGACGGGGGCUUUUAAUGGGCUCCGAGUUCUGAAGAGGUUGUAUUUGCACGAAAACAAAUUGGACAUUUUCAGGAACGACACUUUCCUGGGUUUGGAAAGUCUGGAAUAUCUGCAGGCAGAUUACAAUGUCAUUAAACGGAUUGAAAGCGGGGCAUUUCGAAACCUAAGUAAAUUGAGGGUCCUUAUCCUAAAUGACAAUCUCAUCCCCAUGCUUCCCACCAAUUUAUUUAAGUCCGUGUCCUUAACCCACUUGGACUUGCGCGGGAACCGGCUAAAAGUCCUUUCGUACCGCGGGAUGUUGGACCAUAUUGGCAGGAGCCUGAUGGAGAUCCAGCUGGAGGAGAACCCGUGGAACUGUACGUGUGAGAUCGUGCAGCUGAAGAGCUGGUUGGAGCGCAUCCCCUACACUGCUCUGGUGGGGGACAUCACCUGCGAGACCCCCUUCCACUUCCACGGGAAGGACCUGAGGGAGAUCAAGAGAAGCAAGCUGUGUCCCAUGCUGUCCGACUCCGAGGUGGAAGCCAGCCUGGGCAUCCCUCAGCUGUCGUCCAGCAAGGAGAACGCGUGGCCUACGAAGCCUUCCUCCAUGCUGUCCUCCUUCCAUUUCACCGCCUCCUCUGUUGAGUACAAAACGUCCAACAAGCAGCCCAAGCCCACCAAGCAGCCCAGGGCGCCCCGGCCUCCCCCAACCCCCCGCGGCCUGUACCCCGGGCCCAACCAACCCCCCGUGGCUGCCUACCAGACCCGGCCCCCCAUCCCCAUCAUCUGCCCCACCGGCUGCUCUUGUAGUUUGCACAUCAACGACCUGGGCCUGACGGUCAACUGCAAGGAGCGAGGGUUCCACAACAUCUCCGAGCUCCUGCCCAGGCCCUUGAACGCCAAGAAGUUGUACCUGAGCGGGAAUUUGAUCCAGAAAAUCUACCGCUCCGAUUUCUGGAAUUUUUCCUCCUUGGAUCUCUUACACCUGGGGAACAACCGGAUCUCCUACGUGCAGGACGGGGCGUUCAUCAACCUGCCCAACCUCAAGAGCCUGUACCUGAACGGGAACGACAUCGAGCGGCUCACCCCGGGCAUGUUCCGGGGCCUGCAGAGUUUGCAUUACCUGUACUUCGAGUACAACCUGAUCAGGGAAAUCCAGCCGGCGGCCUUCAGCCUCAUGCCCAACCUGAAGCUCCUCUUCCUCAACGACAACCUGCUCCGCACGCUGCCCACCGACGCCUUCGCCGGCACCUCCCUGGCGCGCCUCAACCUGCGCAACAACCACUUCCUGGCGCUACCGGUGGCCGGGGUGCUGGAGCACCUGCACGCCAUCGUGCAGAUCGACCUGAAGCUCAACCCCUGGGACUGCACCUGCGAGCUGGUGCCGCUCAAGCAGUGGCUGGAGGCGCUCAGCUCGGUCAGCGUGGUGGGCGAGGUGCUGUGCGCCAGCCCCGAGCCGCUGGCCCGCCGCGACCUGCGCUCCCUGGAGCUGGCCGCGCUGUGCCCCGCCGCCCUGCGCCCCGCCGCCGCCGCCGCCUCGCCCCCCGCCGCCCCUCCGCCGCCCGCGGCCACCGGCGCGGCCGCCUACGAGCUGCCCCCGGCCGCGGCCGCCGCCGCCGUGCCGCUGUCCGUGCUCAUCCUCAGCCUGCUCGUCCUCUUCUUCUCCGCCGUGCUGGUGGCCGCCGGGCUCUUCGCCUUCGUGCUGCGGCGCCGCCGGAGGAAGCUGCCGUUCCGCGGCCCGCGGGCGGAGGCGGCGGACCUGGGCGCGGUGCCGCUGCGCUGCCCGAGGCUCUUUCCCGAGGGCGGCGGCGGCGGCGGCGGCGGCGGCGGCGGCGGGGGGGGCACCGGCGAGCGGUCCCCGGAGAAGGCGCCCCCGGCGGGCCACGUCUACGACUACAUCCCGCACCCGGUGACCCAGAUGUGCAACAACCCCAUCUACAAGCCGCGGGAGGAGGAGGAGGCGCGCGGCUUCGCCCACCCCGCCGCCCCCGCCGCCGCGCCGGAGCCCGGCAGCUGCUACCGCACCUUGCUGGAGAAGGAGCAGGAGUGGAGCCUGGCCGUGUCCAGCUCGCAGCUCAACACCAUCGUGGCCGUGCACCCCCAGCACCCCGCGGGCGGAGGGCUGGCGGCGGGCGCGCUCGGGGCGGCGGCGGCGGCGGCGGGGGGAGCCCCGCGGGACCGCGACCGCCCGCCGCCCUGCGCCGUGGGCUUCGUGGACUGCCUGUACGGCACCGUGCCCAAGCUGAAGGAACUGCACGUCCACCCCCCCGGCAUGCAAUACCCGGACCUGCAGCAGGACGCCAGGCUGAAGGAGACGCUCCUCUUCGCGGCCGGCAAGGGCUUCCCGGACCACCAAACCCCCACAAGCGAAUACCUCGAGUUAAGGGCCAAACUCCAAACCAAGCCGGAUUACCUCGAAGUCCUGGAGAAGACCACGUACCGGUUCUGACCGCCGCCCCGCCGCCCGCCCGACCCCGCCGCCCGCGGGCAGAGGAUACAGCUGUGCGCUCUGCCCCGCCAGAUGUGCGCGCUGCGGGGCAGGGCCCUUCUCAGAUCAGUAAUCGACGAAGUGCCUUCGCAGACUUUUGCCAGCAGAUGUUAAUCAAUCAUUAUUUUUUAUACUGAAACUGAGACUUUGACUGUGCCAUGUCAUAAAGGUGGAAAAGAACAGCAAGGCCAGGUAAGUCCCAAUCAAUAACAGCUGCACACAGGGAAAUGGAAAGGAUGGUGCUCAAUUAUUGGUGCUCUUUUUUAGUUUCUGGAUAUUGUCAUUGAUGUCACUGUCACACUGUGCCCUGGGUUAAAAAAUUUACUUGGAAAUUGCUUCAUGGAUCUCUUGAGUGUAUCAACAGUGAGAGAAAGAUGUUCAUUGUUACAGUAUGAAUAAUAAUCUGAAUUUUGGGAAGCAAUCCAAUGUCUGUUGCAGGAAGAUAGGACCUGAACUGCUCUGGUUAGAUGAGUAUUGAGAGUGAGAACCUCAUUUGUUAUGACAUUCAGUGAAUAUGAGUUAAGCUGUGGUAGCUCAAGGUUUUGUCAGAGGCCUUUCCAGACAAAACCACUUUUGAGUGUGGCUGAUUCAGAAAUGUGUGUUUUCAUUCAACUUAUGUUCUCUCUGUGAACUUUUCCAGCAGCAGGAGAAAAAAGGUCUCUACAAAAUGUCAAUCUGCAGUGCUGCACCUUUCUGGAGAACUCAGGUGUGCCAGCAGCACUUCAUGAGCUCUGUGCUGCUUCCACUUGGUUCAAGUACCUCCUUCAGAGGAAGGAGACCUGAUGAUUUGGGUUUAGGUUGAACAGAAAUGUUCAUAUGAAAAAAAAUGGUGUAGAAUUUGGCUGUAAGUAGGGGAGUUCAUCGCUCAGCUACAUCACUCAACCACAGGGUAUGACUUUUGGCAGAGCUCCAGCCACUUAGGUGGGAACUUGUUCCAGGCUUGCACUUCUUCCAAAGGCACUUGCUUUUACAAUGUGGAUUUAUGUACACUUGGAAAUCAGGCUGCUGUGCACGGCAUAUUCUUAUUUUCUGAGUUUUCCAAGGCCCGAUUCUAAAUCUGGCUUCCUCAUAGCUGGGUUUCACAGUGAAUUUAUGUAGGGAUGGAUUUAUGAAUGGGUUCUACAGUACAACACAGUUGUUCUCCGUGGAAGAAAUGGAAAUCCACACAAUAUGGAGUUUCACGGCAGCUUUUUGUACAAAAAUUGCUAUUUUUUGAUGCUGAUGUGAGUGGAAAGACAUCUCCUUUUUCCAAUUCUUGAAAUAUUGCUGUUUUGAUUGGGCAGGUGUAGCUAUGCCCCAGUUUGAAACCUGUUUGAGCUAGUGGAAGAAUUGGAAUGUGCUUGGAACAAACCCUUGAGUGGGUAUGGACUGGAGGCCCAAUUCUGCUCCCUUGGAGCAAGUGUUGAAACACCACAUUAUGCUCAGAUUUAGUCAACAGACUUGAAUGAGGAGCAAAAUCUGAUCUCAGAAAAUUACAGCAUAUAUUAAGUGGAUUCAAGUAUGUUGAGACAAGUGCUCCCUGUGACUAUUUCAGAAUAAAAUGAGUCAUGGUACAGAGAAAAUGGGUUUGUAUCAAUUUAGUAAUUUUUCUGAUUGACCUCACUCACAAAUUAAUGCUUUUGAUUUUAAAAUAAGAAUAUUUGCAUCAAGACAAAUUAGUUUAGGCCUAAUGUCAUUGGUAACCAACUAGCCAAGAAGAUUAUUAAUGUAACAAUUGCAAAUUGUUUGGAAAUACUUUAUUAGUAUUAUCUUUCUCUUUGAAAGCAAGAAUAUUAACUAUACCAACCCAGGCCAUUCUAUGAUUCUGUGAUUAACAGGCACUGACAACUGUGUUUCAGAGAAUUAUUCUUAAAAUGUCUUUUCCUUGAUCCUUAUAGUCUCCCAGUUGUAAAAUUAUGUAAUUCUCAUUUUUGUUGAGGUUGUUUGGGGCAGUUUGGGGUGUUCCUGAGGAAAGCAUUUGCUUUGCUACACACGGGGUUCCCCCAGGAGGUGAAACUUGUGGGUUAUCUUUGAUCACUGGGACUGUAUCUGGAAACACUCCCCUGUGGUGUCAUUUUCUGUUAAAUUGGUCAACAUUGUGUUUUUCAGAAUGGUGUCAGACAGAUCAUUUUGGGGGAAAAAUGACAGGAAAAAGCUCAAAGGAGCAGAGCCACUGGCAUUGCUGUAGGAAUGCUCUGUCCCACAUUCACACUGGGCAGUCUCUGCAGGGUGGAUGUUGCAUCAACCAUUAUAUUUUUGAAUGCUAAGGAUGCUCAUCUGAAGUGUGGGGUUAUUUUUAAGCAUCAUGAAGAUGUACAUGAUAUACUCAGCUGUUGGGUGCCUUAAAAAGAAUAGGUACAAAUAGAGGGCAUAGCACAACAUAAAAUAUGAAUAACUCACUCAUGUCAUACACUGAAUCUUUAAUGUCCGUUUGCUUUUUCUAACGUCUUUAUUUCUCCACCAGAAUUUUCUAAAUCUCUCAGAGAUAUCCUGUAUAUUCUAUGAAUCCUGAAGAAAUAUUUUAGGCUAGCCAAGGGUUGAAUCUCUCAGUACCUGGGAAUUCAAACAAGUGCCACUAGCAGGGGAGGAAUAUCCUGCCCGUGGCACGUGGCACAGCAAUUUGGCACCUUGUUGUAGCGUGGUGCCAGGGAGGGAGGUUCUCUGCAGCAAUCAGAUUUUCCAGGAGGGAUUGAAUGAUUCCAAACGGGAGCUCCUGAACUGUGAUAAAUCACUACUGGAAUGGAAGAGACCUGAGAUGUGCUGCUGCUUCUGAUGGCACUGCCAUCCCUGAUGCUGGUGGUGGCACCUGGCACCGUUGCCAAGGGGGGAAUCCUGUCACAGCAACCCUAAAAAAAACCAACCAAACGGCCAAAAAAAAAAAGCAGAGGAAAUGUUUGGGAGCCUUUAUCCUGCAGGGACCAUCUCAUCUGAAGUUAAUGACUUUCUGCAGAUGUUACAGUGGCAUUAAUAUACUGUUAUGGGAUUUUUAUGGAGUUUUUUCUUGCUUUCCUCAGCUUUACUUUGCUUUUCCAGAGACAGUACCUGGUUUACAUGUUAAAGAACUGCAGGAAUGUGUUUGUUGAUACUUUUUCAGACCAAAAUUGUUUAAAACUGAGUCUGUCAAAAAAGACUGUCCUAAACUGAGAUGAGUUUUCUAGAAAGCUACAAAAACCUUUGGUUUUGUACUUGGUCUCUAAGUUAUUUCAUAUAUAUAUAUAUAAAAUGUCUGUUAUUGUAUAACCUUUUAACCAAAGUCUGUCACUGAGCUUUGGAGGCUUUGGUUUUGCAAAUCAAAGUUAAUUAAUGGUUUGUUUGCUUUUGGUUGUUUUUUUUUCCUGUGAUUUUUUAGUUUGAUUUUGUUCCGAGUAUGACUGGAGAGAGGGAAACAUUGCAAAGUGUGAAAAUUCUCACCAAACUAUACUUUUUAAUAGGACUUUUAAAUGUAGUUCUUUUUAUUUUCUUCAGAGAAUGAAGCAGUUAUGCUCAAAAGAGUGCAGGAAUUGCCACUCAGUAGAGCUGAUAUGCAUUCACUCUGCCGUGUCCUGAGAGUGCCCAGGACAGUCUGACUCAAAGGGAGGUGUAAGAAAUUCCCACUAGUGAGAUUCCAGGGUUGGAUUUGUCCAGCUAAUCUGCUCCACCCUGAGAAAUCCAGUCCCUGGGGUGCUGCACCACUGGAGGGACUGGCCCAGUGUGCACAGGGAGCACUUAAAAAAAAUCAUGUUGUAGCAUGUUGGUGAAAAAUGAGCUUUUAAAAAGCUGGGUGUUUAAAAUUUUGUCUCUGUUUUCUUUAGAAAGCUCAUCCAGAGUUUCUCUGGUGCUGUUAAACUGCCCUGCAAGGGCACAUCUGAUCAGUUGUCCUCAAAGCACUGCCGAAAUAGAUGUGUAGCUAAUGCAUUCUUCUUAAUUGGAGAGCAAUUUCUUGUGGCAUCACUUCUGUUAUGUUUUCUUGCAGUGACCCAAAACCCCUGGCUGCUUUGGAAAGUGGAUAGUAUUGGCAAGCAAAGAAAUAUGGCAAGUAAAGAGUGGUGUAUUGCACCUCAAGACUUCCCUCUGUACCGACUGGAUUGCCCACCUGGCCCUCGGCUCUGUAGCAGCCCCCCGAGGUUGGCCCCGGUGGUGUGACGGGCCCCGUGCUCUGCCAGCCCCUCCGAGCCAACCAAAGCCUGUCACAGCCUUCAGAGCACAAAUCCCUGGGCAGAUGGAUCCCUAACAGCUACACUUCAGGGAGAAAGCGGAGAUGCUCCUAAAAUUAGUUGCUGACAGCUCAAAGGAGGAGUAACUGCCUCCCGUGUCGUUACUUCUUCUGGAACAGGGACGUGUGUUAUGGAAAUGCUGACACUGGGUUUGUACACUAUGUACACAUGUGCUGUGUGUGUGUCUAAGUGUGUACCCAUGAAUGCACUGUUACAGUGUAGGAUUGGAUUGCUGGAAAGUUCUGGGGGGUUCAGGAGCAUGGCUUGCUUUGGACUGUUAUUAAAACAUGGGCAUUUUGGUAACGAAGCUAAAAAUAGCCACUUUGCGACCUACAUUCCCAAUGUAGGUCAGUGGAGGCACUUCUCAGACAUAUUAGCAUUUUGGACACUUAAUCUUAGCAGCAUAUUGCAUCUCCUAGAAUAGGUUAGUAGAGGCAAGGCAGGAGGAAUUGCUGCAUCUCGAGUCGUUCCGAAAGGUUGCCAAGUUUCUCAGGAACCAGAGCGGCAGAAUAAUGAGGAUUAUAUUUAAUUUGGGAUGGAGAGGCAACCGUGGGGUGUUCAGCAGAGGCAGCUGGGAUCAUCUUGGCUCUGUGGGGGAGGGAGAAUUUAUAACUCUAGCUAGCUAAAAAGCAAGCUGUGUGUGCAUUUGUGUGUAUAUAUAUAUAUAUUUAUAUAUAUGUAUAUACAAAUCUGUGUAUGUGUAUAUAGCACCGUGUGUAUAUAUGUAUGUAUGUAUAUGCCUAAAAUGUAUUAUAUGUGUAUCUAUAGAUAUGUAUACAUUUAUAUGAAUUUAUAUUUCUCUAUAUAAAUAGUCAUGCAACUAUGGGAAGUCACAACUCAACGGUGUGUCCUUUUUCUUUAAAACACAACAAAAAGCUGCUUCCAUUAAUAUCAUAUUGGCACAAGUGUCCUAAGUUUUCUUUUCUCUUUAGAAAGGAGUGGUACUUGUGGCCGAGCACAAGCCUGGAAGGGUUUAACUCUUCCAGAGGGCUCAGAGUAAAUCAUUAUCUGCUCCACAGCCGUUGUACAUUCGUGACAUAAAGUGGUGGCCAAAAUGACUCAGGGCUGGUUUUGUAGGCAAACAAAGUGGGUUGUUGACUGUUUGGAAGUCUCUGUUAUGCUCAUGGAUUUUUGAUGGUGAAAUGUCUGCACUGAUAGUUAUUCUGGUUGCUGUUAAUGCCCAGCUAAUGCUAAUUGCUUGAACAGAGGAAAAAAAGAUGAAUUUUCUGCUCUAAAGUAAGUUAUCCAAAGUCUGAUUACAUUGACUCAGUGAUGUAUGGAUUUCCAUUUAGGGGCAGGAUGUUGGGCUGUAAAUCAAGAAUCUCAGCUCAGUGAACAUCUAGUUUGGGAUGUCUUUUAUGUUAUAAUUGAUUUUAAAUCAUUUCAAUUCAUCAUCAGAACAAGCUAUACCUUAAUUCAUGAUAAGCUCAAAGGAUCUCUCAGCUGGAAACCCAUUCAUAGCAGGGUGAAUUUUGCACUUGUCUUCGGUGGGGUUGAAUCAGGUCAGAGAGUUUCAUUCAGCGCUGGCAUAAAAACAAUCUUGUAGCUGUGCAACUAUUAAUUCAAAUUGUAAUUUUGUAAUAAAAGCAGCCUAAAAAUGA